AUGCCUCCACAGCAGGGCGAAGUGUCUCUCUUGACGCUCUUUGCAGACGUCCAUUACUACAUCUCCCCACCUACCCAGCAACCCCCACAUCAUCGCUUCGACAAAGGCUCCUAUGUCUACCUUUACCACAACCCCAUGCGCCAAAGUGGGCGCAUAGAAGUAGCGAACCAUGCGGGCACACCCAACCAGGAUGCCUUUGCCGGUCAGCUGGACACCAUCAAGAUUGAGCAAACAUACAAGCACCCGUGCUUGUUCACCCUCACGGUCGAUGCCUUCCAGAGUCACACCGGCAACGCGAGUCCGCAUCAUGACACGUCACAGUGGCACCUCCCCACACCCGAUCCCUCGAGCCAGGGCAAAUACAUGUACAGGCUGCACACGGUAGAUUUGUAUUUUUGGACACCAGAGGAUGCGAGCCUCUUUCUUGACUCUAUUCGGAGAGUGCUACAACCGCACCAACUGCAGAUUACGCGCAACCCCAAUGCCACCCCAACGCACUCGGAACACAAGAACGAUGCCCUGAGUCCUGUCAUCGCGAGGCUGGAGAGUGCAGCCAUAUCACACACUAGUCGGACUCCGAGUGUCAGUACAACGCAGUCAUUCCCUGGCCCUCCUACCGCGCCCGCACCAACAUCACCCCCUCCCAGCGAGCAGCCGCCCAAUUACGCUCCAAUGGCAUACAAUCCGGCAGCUCCAGCCGCGCCAGAGCCUAUCGCGCAUCGUGAAAAGACACCACCACCGCCAGACGCAAACGACGGCACUGGUCUUGCAUCUGCCGCUGUACACGAUCAGCAUGCCGCACAAUACAGCAACCCACUACAAGCUUCAUUUGCGCCCCAGCCGACAUCAGGAUCGUACUUUCCAGGACCACCAGCGCCAGGCCAGGGCUUUACUGGUCCACCGAGUGUGCACCGUACAAACACGGCGGGGUCAGUGCCGAGUGCAUCACAAAGUCCGCCGUCGUUUGCACCACCUCCAUCUGCGCCUCCACCAGGCCAAUACAAUGGCCAUACCCCGCCACCUCCCGCCAUGAAGCGAACAUCCACCAUGCCAGUUCAGCAGUACGCCAACUACCCGAACUCGCCCGGAUUUCCGCCCGCCCCCCAAUCGCCGCCUGCGCACUCUGCUGUACCGUCUCCUGGAUUUCCUCCUCAGCAAUAUCAACCAAUGGCAUCCCCGGGCUAUGCACAAUAUCAGUAUGGUAGCGCAACAGCUCAACCUCAAGGACAAAUUUUGCAUCAACAACUUUACAGACCAACGGAGACUGAAGCCGCGGUGCAAGAUCACGAGAACCCCAACGCGCCGCAACGCAACUCGAACAUCGGAAAACGGGUAGAUAAAGUGGAGAAGGGUAUUGGCAGUUUCUUGAAAAAGCUGGACAAGAAGUUCUAG